AUGUUCUCGUCACUCAUUCUCUCCGGAUCGUUGCUGGCUAUCUUCCAGACAAUCCCCAUCACCCUCGCCUUUCCCACCCCUGAUGGACCCUUCAUCCCAGACUCCCAAACUUCCCCCGGCUACGGAAUCCAAGACGAUCUUCUUCCUUCCUUCAACAUAACCCCCAUUGCCGACGGCAUCCUCGAAGCCCGGGGCGGUGUGAAGAACAGUCGGGAAGUCAUCCGUGUCGACUGCGACAUUGGCGGCGGCAGCAGCAGCACCAAGUGGGGGUACGCAUUAGCCAAGUACGUCGCGGCGGGCGUCAAGCAUCUGAAGGAAGUGUCGGGAACGCCGAGCAACGGACCGGGCCCGGGGAAUUGUGGACGGGCACCCCGCGUCGGAAAAGAACUCAGUUCCUACGGCGAAAUCGCCUGGGCGGCUCAGGAGGUCCAGAAGAGAUGUUACUCUCAAGGACAGUCCACCGGGACGCCGGCGAAUAUCAAUAACAAUGGGGGGUAUUUGAAGGGGGCUGUUUACAUGAGGGAUCAGUGGAGUGUGAUUGUUAGGUCUGAUCAUGAUAAUUGCUGA